GACAGAGAGACAAAGAGACAGAGAGAAAGGGGAUCCAUGGCCAUGGCCGUGGGUGGCCUUAUGCGUGGCCUCAUUUCUCCGGCAGGGGGAGUAGCCGCCUGGCUGCCCUGCCACGAGUUGCUCGCGUCGCCCUCCUCCGCCUGGCACCACUGGCUCCCCACUCACGCGCUCCCGCGCCUCCGCCCGCCCUGCGCCGACGGCUUCAAGCUUCUCCUCGUGCUACUCCUCUUCUCCGCCGCCCUAGCUGAGGUCCGCCUCAUCGCCUCCUCCUCCAUGGCUCCCACGCUCCGCCCAGGCGACCGCGCAGUCGCCGACAAGGUCACAUACUUAUUCCGGAGGCCGUCUAUUGGGGAUAUAGUCUUUUUCAAAGUGCCCACGGCCUUACAGAAUCAUGGUGUCAAUAAGGAUGUUGUCUUUAUUAAGAGGGUAUUGGCAACACCUGGUGAUUUCAUUGAGGUUCGUCAAGGGCAGCUUAUUAUAAAUGGUGUUGCACAGAAGGAGCAUUACAUAGCAACACAUGCGUCAUACACAAUGGAAGCAAUGCGCCUUCCUGAAGGCCAUGUAUUCGUCAUGGGUGAUAACCGUAAUAACAGCUGUGACUCUCGUGCCUGGGGACCUCUUCCUAUCAGCAACAUCGUUGGAAGAUACAUGAUGUCUUUUACAAGAUCCUCUUUCCAGUAACUGAGGUGAAUAGGCGUCACUCGUGACCUCCAGUAGCGAACUCCCUGAUGACUGAUGUUGCGUGCUAUGAUGAUACGGAGCUGUGCCGGGCUUGGAGCCCGUUGUUUGUGAACUUGUUUUUCAGUAUGCUAUAGCAUUGUUGUAGUAUGUGAUUGGCCUUUGUCGCUUCUGUGAGAAUCUAAAGAGGUUACCUCUGCGUAACCUCAGGCUGUCAUGUGUUGAGCUUAUGAUUACCUGUUGCUUGGUUCUGUGUAACCUGCAGGAUGUAUCUAAAACUUCGAGGAGGUUACCUUAGGUGAUGAAGCUUAUGGGUAAUGCUUAUCGCAUGCUUGAAUUAAAUAUGCAUACGAACGUUGGUAA